AUGAGAAUACACAAUCUUUCUACUAAUCCUAAUUUUCCGUGCUCAUUGCUAAAUGUAAACAAUGUCACGGUCAUGUUAGACUGUGCACUGGACGUUUCCACUUUGUCACUAUUUGCGCCUCUUGAUGUUAUUCCCAGCCAACAAUGCCAGAGUGACUCAUUCUCAAUUAAAAAUGUCCAAAAAGAUUUUUUAGAUGUUUUUUCCGUAAAGUACAUAAACACGACGCCAGAAUUCAUAAUCCCAAAUAUAGAGCUGUUAGACGUGUCAAUGAUCGAUGUUGUACUUAUUUCUAACUUCAAUUACAUACUCGGCCUGCCGUACGUCACCGAACAUCCGGACUUUAGGGGCGUGGUCUACGCCACGGAACCCACUACACAGUUUGGAAAGCUCUUAAUGGAAGAAUAUACAAAGCCAUUGGAGAAAGUGAAUCGGCCAAGAUCUUUGAAAUCCUUGUUCUCAAAGUCCUCGCAAAUUUCAGAACUGGCCAGCCUGCGAAGGACAGCACUUGCAACCAACAACAACAACAACGGCAGCAGCAGCAACAACACAGCAACAACAAUAACAAAUAACAUUAGUAACAAUAACAAAGAGUUUCCUAGCUUGAGGAGAUGGAGGAAGAUGUAUUCCUCUUCGGACGUUCUAUCCUGUCUAAGAAAGAUGGAGGUGAUUGCUUAUAAUGAAGCUAAGGAAAUCCCUGGUGGCCUGAUCCUGCAAGCGUUCAGCUCUGGAUUUUGCAUAGGCAGCUGUAAUUGGACAAUCUCAUCGCCCUAUCACAAGGCAGGAAAUUCAAAAAUUUGA